UCGUAUGGCCUUUUCAAUUUCCUUAAUUCGCCUAUUUAACCACUUGACAACGAUUGUCAGUUGUUUUGUCAUGUGGUCGAAACAGCAGUAGCCAUCGGAAAAUGGAGCAAACGGUGAAUACAGUGCGGAACUUUUUGAGAAAGAAGCCUGCCUUUCGAAGUGUGGACAGCCUGGACAACUCUAAUAAGGCUGCCGUGCCUCAGAUAGGCUUCAGAGUGUCCUUUAGCGAGGAAGAUAAAGCCUUAAGGGUCAAGGUGAUUGGAGCUAGAGGGUUGCCUACGGAUUAUGGGUCUGUGAGACCCAGGGGGUAUCUAGUCAAGGUAACUUUUUAUCCCACCAAGGAAAAAUUCGAAACUAAGACGAAUAAAGACUCUUGGCCUACAAUAAACGAAGAAUUCACAUGUAAUCUCAUCAUACCGACAAAAAGAUUUUCUGAUGAAUAUUUCAAAGGAAAAUUCGUAUCUUUCACCGUGUACGCCGUUUUGGGGAAGGAGAUGGAAGAGGAUGAGACUCUGGAAAAACCCAAGAGUAUCCUGAAGAGGUACUUAUCUAUCAAUGAGGGCGAACAGUUUUUUACCUUACGAAGUGGAAGUCUUAAAAGAAUUGGGUCACAGAGGAGGAGUAGUUACACUAGUAGUGCUGUUAGUAACAGAAGGACAAUAGGUGCUGUGACAUAUAAUUUAGACAGAAAACUUUUCACGCAAAAAUUGAGGAAUGGCGUUAUAAGUACACCUGACAUUUGGAGGAACAUCACAGAGAUAGCUAGUGGAAUUCAAUCUCAGCCAAGGGAUGGUACCAAAGGCAGCAUAGAGCUAACUCUCCAAUACGGCCUUAGCGAAGAUGGCAAAAAUGACGUAGUAGAAGUGACAGUCACAAAAUUCAGAUGUAGCAUACAGACCAUGCAAUAUCAUGAAAAAGUUGGAGGUCAGCUGUACAUAAAAAUUACAGCUUUCGAAGACGAAGACUUGCUGCAGAAGAUGAAAAGCGAUAAAUUCGAUCCCACUAUCAGCUUGAAGCUGGAAUCUAGUGCUUCCACUCUAAGAGCCAAUGUGAACAAGUACAAUAUAGAACACGUGAACAUAAUGAUAAGGUUGAUGUCCAAGAAUAUGGUUGGAAAGAAAGUUCUGCUAGGGAAAGUGGAAUUCGAUAGCAAAAGCGCGUUUUGGAAGGAAAUUGUUGCUUCACCAGGCGUGGCUAUCACGAAAAUGAUCAAUUUUGAAUAACAGUAGAACACCAAAUUUCAGAGACAGCUAAUGAAACCGCAUACAAGGUGAUUUGAAUAAGAAUGCGAAAAAUUAUUGAGUGAAUUGUAUACCGACAGAAAGAAAAGUGAAGAAGAACUUUACACAAAUUUCGCCAAAUGAGAUUUGUGUAUAUUAUAUACACAAUUUUUUUUCGCACUCCUACACAUAUACACACCUUGUAUAAGCAAAGUACUUCAUACUCUGGACAUAUGGUGAUAACUAUCUAUAGAUAUGGCUAUAGCAAGCAAGAUUAGUUAUUUUGUAAAUCGUUUUUUGAUUACAUAUUUGAUGAUUUGAAAUUGAGCAGUUUUUAGCAUUAUAGCAUGUUUUUGAAAAUCAUAUAUUCAGAAAGGUUCGUGUUUCACUAUCACUAAAAUGCCUGUGAAUGAAUAUAUAUAUAUGCCUCGAUAUAUGCGUAUAUAAGACAUAUGCUUCUAUGAAGAAAAAUUUGAAUUAAAUAUACUGUUAGUUUGAUACAAGCAUCGACCAAUUUUAUUUGAUGAAAAGACUGGUAUUUGACUUAGAAUGAAACAAUAGGGAAGAGUUUACAUAGUAUUUAUUUAUGAAUUAUGUUGAUUUUAUUUUGACAGAUUAUAAAAAUACAAACUAAAAGGUA